GGGUAUUACCCGCCAAAAAUAACAAUUCAUUGAAAAACAAUAAUAAUCCAUCUUUCAACCCGAUUAUUCACGUUUAUGAUUUCCUGAAAUGGAUGGCAUACGUUUGUUUGCAUUGUUAGGUGUUCAAAGAACGCCGAAACAAUUAGAUCGGGCUGAGAACAGUUUCCACUAUGAGAUCAUGUGUCCAGUGCCGCUGCCCAAAUGUCUCGUGGUCUUCACCCAAGGAAACUGGGCUCAAUACACGGAGGAGACAGUCAUUGAUAUUAGCUUUGUGGAGGGGGCAACCACAUUGAAGAGAUUGGGCAGGCUGUCUUCAAACAAUAGGUGUUUCCAUUGGGAGAAAGACACCGAGACUGAUGAAGCUAUACAGACCGGGACAAAUCGCCUCAAGUUACAAAUGGAGCUAAAGGGGGAGCUGCUAUCAAGGAAGAAAUGUAAAACGGCCUCGACAACAGAUAUCAAUGAGAAUGAAAAUACGCAGAAGAAUUUAGAGGCUGCUUCUCCGAAAAAUGUGCAAUCAAAACUGACCAAGGAAGAGAAGAAGAGAAAGUCUAUAAAGAUGGACACAUCGCCAUCAACAGACGUUACCAUGACAACGGGAGAUAAAAAACGUAAAUCCCUCAAAUCAGAUACGCCAUCCCCAAAGCUUACGUCCGAACACAAACGCAAAAUGUCUAAAUCUGAACAGUCGUCGUUGGAAAAUGCAGAUGAGAAAAAGCGGAAAACUUCACGAUCUGAAAUGUCGCCACCGGAAUUGACACCACAGAAGCGUAAGAUGACACGGUCAAGAUCGACUCGGACGAUUCAGGAUAUCUGGCAGGGUUCGUCCCCGGAUGGGUCCGAUAUGGUGGACGGGUGUAUUGAGAAGCCGGUCACUGCAGGUUUAUUCGACGGGAAGGAAAACGUGCCUCUGCCAAGUUUUGGCGGGAAUUCAAGUACGCCAAGUAUGGGUUUAGUGAAGAUGGAGGUUGAGUCGUUAAAUGAGAUGAUUCGUGGGACUGUUCAUCCGAUCAAUUAUAAACGAGGAUCUCAUCCAACCCAUCGCUGGGGGCACUCGCUCACUCUCAUCCAUGAUAACCAGGCGUUACUGAUUGGUGGACAGGGGGACAAACAGCAAAUGUGCAAAGACGCCGUCUGGUUAUUUGAUACCGAUUCUAAGAAAUGGACGUCAGACACGCCUGCCUCGGAAGGCCAAAGACCCGAGCUUCGUAUGGGACACUCGGCCACUUAUGAUCCAACUGUCCGAUGUGUCUAUAUCUAUGGUGGCUCGAAAAACAAGAAGUGGUUCAAUGACGUUCACAUGCUGGAUCUCGAUGAGUGGAAAUGGCAACUUGUAAAGGCUUCAGGUAAAGCUCCGACCCGUGCCUACCACAGCUCCACUCUAUUCCGCCACGAGAUGUGGGUAUUCGGUGGUAUCUACCCGCGGCCGGACCCCCAACCUGAUGCUUCCAGCGCCGAGAUCAACAUCUUUAGCCCUCUGGAGGAAAGUUGGUACACACCUAUUGUGAAUGGGACGAAACCUGCCCCAAGAUCUGGUCAUUCGGCGACGGUGAUCGGUGACCAGCUGGUGAUAUUCGGUGGGUGGGACUUCCCUCUGUGUUUCAAUGACCUGUACAUCCUAGAUAUGAGCAUCGUCGAAUGGACGAAACCAGAUUGCAAUGGAACUCCUCCGUCACCGAGAAGUUGGCACUCAGCGACGCAGCUGACCGGUGACCGCAUCCUCUUCCACGCUGGGUACAGCGGCGAUAUCGCUCUAGGUGACACAUCCAUGUUCAGACUGGAUACUAAGACAUGGUUCACUAUCAUCUGUGAUCAACCGAUGUCUCCUCGCACCGGCCACACCGCACUCUGUCUGCCGUACAAACAUGAAAACAAAAAGAAAGACAACGUCAUCGUAUUCGGAGGUGGUGACAACGAGGGCGGUUACUAUGGCAACCUUGUCGAACUCUGUAUCUCAUUUGACGAGAACAUUUCCAGUCCCAAACAAUUGGAUGUGACGAUGACUUCGUUGAAUGCCUCAGUGACUGCUGCUAACACGUCUCUGGUUUCGGUGAAAUAGUCUGGCGUGUGAAAUGUCUGACUUCCCUCAACCACUGUGAACUAAUGCCUCACAAACAUACCCUGCUAUACAGACAGGAAGAUCAGUUCAAUGGUUACGUUCUUUGUUGUUUAGGUGAACAACUCACUUUCGUUGCUGCCAGUGUAUAGCUUAUAUGAAAACCUGUCUUGAGUGAUAUUUAGAUGCCCUGCGUAUCAAAGAAUACGAUCAUUGGACUCUUCCUUGGGUGUAUAGAUGGUAUGCCUGAGCACAGUGUU